AUGCUUUAUGGGAACUCUUUUUCAGAUUUCAUCUGUUGCCUGUGGCUAUGGAUUCACACUGCUAUCCUCUAAAACUAAGGAUGUGACUAAAGUUUGGGGUAUGGGGCUCAACAAAGAUUCCCAGCUUGGAUUUCAGAGGAGCCGCAAAGAUAAAACCAGGGGAUAUGAGUAUGUUCUGGAGCCCUCGCCUGUCCCACUACCUCUGGACAGACCUCAGGAGACGCAGGUGCUGCAGGUCUCCUGUGGCAGAGCCCACUCUCUCAUCCUGACAGACCGUGAAGGAGUCUUCAGCAUGGGAAACAAUUCUUAUGGGCAGUGUGGAAGAAACGUGGUCGAAAAUGAAAUUUACAGCGAAAGUCACAAAGUCAACAGAAUGCAGGACUUCGAUGGGCAGGUGGUCCAGGUGGUUUGUGGCCAGGACCAUAGCCUGUUCCUGACGGACAAAGGAGAAGUCUACUCUUGUGGCUGGGGCGCCGACGGGCAAACAGGUCUGGGUCACUACCGUAUCACCAGCGUGCCCACCAAGCUGGCCGGGGACCUGGCCGGAGUGCACGUCGUGCAGGUGGCCACCCACGGCGAUUGCUGCCUGGCCGUGUCUGCUGAGGGCGGCCUCUUCGGUUGGGGGAACUCGGAGUACCUGCAGCUGGCCGCCGUCACCGACUCCACACAGGUGAACGUCCCCCGGUGCUUGCCCUUCUCAGGAGUGGGGAAGGUGAAGCAGGCCGCGUGUGGUGGUACAGGAUGUGCCGUGUUAAAUGGAGAAGGACAGGUUUUCGUCUGGGGCUACGGAAUUCUUGGGAAAGGACCGAACCUUGUGGAAAGUGCGCUUCCCGAGGUGAUCCCGCCCACUCUCUUCGGCCUGACGGAGUUCAACCCGGAAGUCCACGUUUCCCUCAUCCGAUGUGGCCUCAGCCACUUUGCUGCCCUGACCAACAAAGGAGAGCUGUUUGUGUGGGGCAAGAACAUCCGAGGGUGCCUGGGCAUCGGUCGCCUGGAAGACCAGUAUUUCCCGUGGAGGGUAAGGCUGUGCAGGGCGGGCUUGAGGGUGCACCCGCCGCGCGGGGCUCCAUCAGUGUGCAGCUGGGCCAGCGCCAGGGCUCUGGGAACGGCUCCCCCUCUCCUGUCCUGGCUGCCCCCUCCUGCCCCGCGGCUUCAGGGGAGGCCCCGUCAUGGUGAGGAGCCCGAGCAGGCGCCCAGCUCAUGGCUCACUGCCCUUAGCUCUGUCCCGGGGCCUGCUGAGCGAGCAGCCUGCCGGAGCGGGGAGCAGCCUGGCUGAGGGUUCCAGUCCCUCGGCGCCCUGGAAGAAGCCUUGUUACAGGCUGUCCGUGGGCACGUGGAGUGGGGAAACAGAGGCACGCCAGCGCCCCAGAGAGGAGCAGGCCGUAUGCAGGCCGGGCGCCGUGAGGCCCUGAGAGGGACAGAUUGGAAAUGACGAAGUUGGUGCGCCAGGAGCUGUUUACAGAGGCCUGUGUGGAGGAAUGUUUUACAGCGAAGUGAAAAGAGAGCAGGAUGGGGUAUUAUGUUGAGCGAAAUAAGUCAGAGAAAGACAUGUAUCAUAUGACCUCACUGAUAUGAGGAAUU